AUGUCGUGGGACCCAUUGGCACUGGUUCGACAGGAUGCAUGCCAUGAGCAUUUGACACCUCGUAGUAACAUCUGGUCCACUCCACAGACCUUUGGAUCUUUGGUGGUCCACGAGUACGUGCACCUGGUCUCAAACAAGAAGUCUAAUGAAAAACUAAUGGCCAGCAACUGUCCCCUCGAAGAUCCUAGCCCUUCAAAGUGCAAGCAAACUCCAGCUAAGGCUCCUAUGCCCCAGUCCCCCAUCUCUGGGUCUCAGUUAUGGCUUCAACCCUGUAAAGUUAACAGCUCCAGCAACACCAAAAGAGGGUCAAGUAACCCAGAACCACCAAGCCACCGCCAUUCUCCACCGCAACCCCGCAAACCCCAUGUCUCCACCACAAGUGCCUCACCACCACCUGAAGAAGAGACAGUCAAAGAAGUCCUUUCUGAAACCCCCAUUAUCCUCGAACUACAAAUGACAACAACACAAACCCAAGAACCAAAAACCCUGAUGCAAAGAAACAGAAAGAAACACCAAGAAGACCAAGAAAUCUCUCAAGCAUCAGAGACAUGCAGCAAUAUCACUGGCACUCUCUCAACACCAACAACUACGACCACCACUGCCACCACCACUACCACUACAAUAACAGAGAUAAGAGAAGAUGAGGUAACAAGCAAGAAAAGGGUCAACAGAUCUCCCGCCAAAGUACAUCGAAAGCGUCCGUACACUGGAGACAGAGAAAGGGUGUUAAAGUAUCCGGUGAAGACGACGGGUCAGGUGAUUAGGACCGCAGCUGGGCAGCGUAAUGUGGGGUCUAGAGGGGUCAGGAGCGAUUUUGGUAGGUCACCGGCGACUAGGACGGCAGGUGGAGCUGGGAGGGGUCGUGCGGGAGCGAUUCCUGGAAAAGCCGGUGGCAGGUCAGUGGAGAGCAAGAAUAAGGAGGAUUCGGAAAACGGCUCCGUUUUGAGGCAGCAGGAGGAGGGGAACGAGUCCCUGGAGAACCCUCUGGUUUCCCUGGAAUGCUUUAUCUUUCUUUAG